AGAGAUACAGAGAGAGAGAGAGAGAGAGAGAGAAAGAGAGAGAGAGAGAGAGAGAGAGAGAGACUUGGUUCGGAUAUCGCCGCUCGGCUGCCCCGCGUUUCCCGCACAAAUUCAUAAAGAGAGAUGUGCCUACAGAAAUCCGCCUCCCCCGCCUGCCGCUUAUCCUCCUCCUGAAGCGGACCUCCACCACCGUCUCCGCUCGACACGACAAGUUACUCCGCGGCGGCUCCGGCUGUGGGCAGAACGGCUCCGACUGUAAUCAUAAAGGAAAGAGACCACAGCGCCGCUUCUCACUCCCAUGUUGUCGCCGAACCAGGACGAACAUGCCCGCUCUAAAGAUCCGGUGAAAUACGGCGAACUGGUGAUCCUGGGGUACAAUGGCUCUCUUCCUGGUGGAGAUAAGGGUCGGAAGAGGAGUCGAUUUGCUCUAUACAGGAGAGCAAAGGCUAAUGGUGUCAAGCCGAGCACUGUGCACAUCCUCAGCAACCCACAGGAUAGCAAGGCGGUUAACAGCAGGGGUCAGCACAGUAUAUCCUUUACCCUCUCGAGAAAUCAGACGGUGGUGGUGGAGUACUGUCAUGACAACGACACAGAUAUGUUCCAGAUUGGCCGUUCCACUGAAAGUCCCAUAGAUUUUGUGGUGACCGAUACGCCAGGAGGUUCGAAAGAGAGUGAAGACUCUUCUGUUGCCCCCAGCACCAUCUCACGCUUUGCCUGCAGGGUGGUCUGUGAACGGAACCCCCCGUACACUGCUCGUAUUUAUGCAGCUGGCUUUGACUCUUCUAAAAACAUUUUCCUUGGGGAAAAAGCCACCAAGUGGAAGAAUCCAGAUGGUCACAUGGAUGGGCUUACAACCAAUGGAGUGCUCGUAAUGCAUCCACAAGGUUUCCCAGAGGAGUCCAAGCAGGGCAUGUGGAGGGAAAUCUCCGUCUGUGGAGACGUCUACACUCUGAGAGAAACCAGAUCUGGCCCCAUCCGUGGCCAAAUGGCUCAGGGUGAGAGCAGUGCCCUGCAGGAUGGCUCUCUCGUGGACCUAUGUGGAGCUACCUUGUUGUGGCGUACUGCUGAAGGCCUGCUCAAAGCACCCACCCUGCGCCACCUGGAUGCCCUCCGUCUGGAGCUGAAUGCAGCCCGCCCGCAGUGCCCAGUGGGCUUGAGCACCCUGGCCUUUCCCAGUUUGCCUCGUAGUCACAGCCUGGAGGAGCGGCAGCCCUGGGCCUACCUCGCCUGCGGUCAUGUCCAUGGUCGGCACGACUGGGGCCAGAGGCCUGAACGUACCCGGGACCGGGAGGAAGGGGCGAGUGGGGGCACCGGUGGACGACGAGAGUGCCCCCUUUGCCGAACGGUGGGGCCCUAUGUGCCCCUGUGGCUGGGCUGCGAACCGGCUUUCUACAUGGAUGCAGGAGCCCCUACCCAUGCCUUCGUGCCCUGUGGGCAUGUGUGCUCAGAGAGGACGGCCCGGUACUGGGCUGAGACGCCGCUGCCCCAUGGGACACAUGCCUUCCGCCCUACGUGCCCCUUCUGCUCUGCUCCACUGAUGGGCACACCAGGCUUCACUCGCCUCAUCUUCCAGGGGCCAAUAGAUUGAUGAGGUGGCCACAGGAGGGUAAAAAGCAGGACAGGAGUACUGUGGAGACCAGUGCCUGUCUCAGGAAUGUAUUCAUACUGUAGAUAGACAUGCCGUUAUUUACAUGCAAAUCAGCCAUUGCUUCCUUAAAGUAUGCGCACACUGGUAUGUCUUUUCUACCUCUGAAUACAUUCCUGUUGUAGCCUGGUUAAAGUCAUGGUAGGAUACCCUAUUUUCUGACACAGAUUCAGUUUGGCACUAAACAAAUGCAAGGUGGUUCAUAUUUAGCGAUAUUUGAAAUAGAAGAAAUGGAGGCUGAUGAAGAAUCCUUGGCAACAACUGAAGCACUUGAGAUUGGCAUUGACUGUGCUCUAUUAUUGGUUACAGUUUUUUUUCCCCCUCUAAGAAUAAGAGGUUUAGUCUCUCUCUUGUGGCUUCGCUUCCCAAGAUGCUGGUUUAAUAUUACUCAUGUACACAGGUACACUUACCGAGAACUUUAUUAGGAACAUCUGUACAUCUUUACACAUUCUGGUAAUAUUUAUAUUAGCCAAUCAUGUGACAGCAGUUCAGUGGUUAACAUGCUCAAAGUGCCAGAUGUGCUGAUCUAAGUGUUUCUAGAACCGCUGUUCCCCUGGGGUUUGCAGCACAUUAGUCUCAGGUUUUGCAGUUUAUUUAGAAUAGUGCAUUACACACCCUAUGGGUGGCAGUUCUGCAGUUGGAAAAGUCUUGUUGAUGAGAGAGGUCAUCAGAGCAUUGUCAGACUGAUUUAAACCAACAGAAAGAAUACAGUAACUCACACUAGCAUUUCAGAAUUAUGGAAUAUUACCAUAAUUUUGUGAAAGCCAAGCUGAAUUUGCACAGCCCUACCCAGUAUUAGUAUAGUGUUCCUAAUGGGGUACUCCCAUAUAGUAAGUACAUUUGUAUACAUAUGUUUGGUCACACUAGACCAAACUAUAGAUAUUUUUUGUGGAAAAAAGUAAACACAGCCUAUUUAAAAAGACCUGCAAAUUUCAAUUCACAGUGGUGUCUUGUUUGCAGUAUUAAUGUUGUGUAUUAUUGUUUUUAUCAUAAUAUUUAUCAUAUGAUAAAAUAUUGUCAUACUGCCUACCUCUACUAUAAAGUCCUUUAUAAACUUUUUGUAGCCAUACAGGUGAAUGUUUUCGUUUUUUUCUUAGUUAAUUUAAGUGCUGGGCGAUUAUGGCUUAAAAAAAAAACACACAAAAAACGAUUUUCGAUUAUAAUAGAUUAUUAUUCUUCCUAGUAAAAAUCAAACUACAGAUGACAAAGAAAUGUCGACUCAUUAAGUGAAUCAAUGAUUCAAAACAUUGCUUACAAGCCCAUACGUUUAUUUCACACCCUGACUUUGUGUACGCAGAGUUAUGUGGGAAUGCGGGUUUGUGACAAUUGUUAAAAUUGAGAAAUAAUGCACUAAACAAGUCACAAAAGAAUCUUUGAAGAAGUGUUUUUUUUUUUUUCACAAUUAAUUACGGGUCCUUACCGGAGAGCGACAAAAAUCGAAUUAAAACUGUAAUUUGAAUUAACCGAAUUAUUUGAGAAAUCAUGAAUCGUGAAUUAAUCGUCCAGCACUAGAUCAGUUGUUUUCAGAAUCUUAAGAAUCUUCUAGAAUCCAUUAUGAUAUCAAUCUGUCUCAUUAUGUUAUCAAUCUCAUUUGGUCGGGGGUACCUUUACCUUUGCAUAAAGCUAUGCCAUAUUUUGACCGUGCCAGGCUGAAUCUGUGAAGCUUACUGAAAGUGAAAAUACAGAGCAUCUCCGCAAUUCAAGAUUUGUUGUAUAAUACCAAACUUGUACCUCUAAAAGUUCAUUCAGUUAUUGGGGAGUUAGCUCCUAUCUCACAGUAAUGAAAAGUCUCAAAACAUGAAAUUAAAAGCUAUGCUGCAGAAACAUGUGAUCAUAAUUGAUCAGAGGAACAUGGGUAUUUAUAAAAAGAAUAUAUUUCCCAAACUUAACAUUUAGCUAUUAGUCUAUGGGAUGAAUGCCCAUGUUAUUGUUGCACUUCUUCUUCUGUUGCCUCCUUUUUACCCAUCUAUGGCCACUUCUAAAGCUUUCUUAGUACAUGACCUCCUGUGAUUCCAUCUCACUCAACACACUAGAUAGGACACCCUCCUCUAAUGCAACACUCAUCUUAAGCAAUAAGCAUUACUAGAAUUAAGCUAUAGCUCAACUGAGAGAUGCAAUGACUCGAGUGUGUACUACCUGAUUCUGACUUAAACGUGGGGGGACUUGGCCUAGGGUCGAAGGGCUUUGCCAAGUCAUGAGUAAUGUAGCCCUUGUGAUUUUCUGUUUUUUUUCUUCUUCCUUUGUAUUAUUAUGAUUGUUUUAGCAUUUAAAUCAGAUUUAAAGUUGUAGCUGAAGUAUAUACAGUAGUUGUUUGAAAAAAGUCAAGAUGUCAUAUUUUUCUACAUGAUUAUUGUGUUACUAAACUUGACCGAAGGUCAGAUUUUUUUAUAUACAAGUGUUUCACAUAUAGCAGUAUAUUUACUAUAUAUAUAUAAAAAUAUUAUUUUAAUGUGCAAAUAUGAUUUAAAUCCUGGAGAGCUCACAGCUGACGUAUGUAGGCUUUACUGUGUCACACUCCGAAAUGCAUAGGAAACCCUAACCGUAAAUACAGUGACCAGUAAGAUGAAUGUACUAUUCCAGUGCUUAGCUAAUAUCUCUGCUCUCCCUGGUGCUAUCAUUGAAUCUAUAAAUGGGUCGUAUAUAUUUUUAUCUGAGCUUCACUGCACUCCUUGAUAAUAUUUGAUUGUUUUGGUUACCUUAAAGCUGAAAAAAAAAAAACUCACAUUCACCCACUGAAUUUCCCGUACACAUGCAGGCCUUGCACUGUGCAUCUCUCUAAUUUUUCUAGUUAAGCUGAUCACAUGAACGCUUUUUAAUUGCAGGGUGUAAAGACAGAUAAGCUCUCCUUUACCUCACAUGCAAGAGAAGAGACCUCAAUUUAACAUAUUUUUAUAUUAACAGAAAGAGAUAACGUCAUUGAUCUUUUACGUUUCCUGCUUGUUGUCAUGUUUGUACUAAAUUUUCUCCUGGAUUUGUUGUUUUAGGACUUCAAUGUUCUUUGAUAUUUAAUGCGUCGUGCCAAUAACAGUAUGCAUUUACUAUUGCUCCUGAGUUAUUCUGCCGUUUUAGGCCACUAAAAAUUGGCUCCAACUGAAACUGUGUUUUUGCUUAUCUUCUUUCCACCCAGUCAACACAUUCCUGAGUUUGAUGUCUGAGACUGAGACCAGUUUCAGCUGUAGUUGUUUUCAGGUAAAAACACGUUGGCUACGUUCACAUUGCCUGGCUGAAGUGUCAAAAUAAGAUUUUUUUUAUUUGCCUAAUGUAACACAGACCUGAGAGAUUCAGAGCUGUGUGAAUCUCAGGAUCUGAUCUUCUCUAAUCCGAGAGAGUUCACAUGUGGUCUUAGAUACAUAUCUGAUUUGUGGCCAUGCUGUCUUAAUGAAAAUAUUCAGAUUGCAGUUCAGUUUUCUUUUUGCACAUAUACUCGUCAUCAUCCAUUGUUGCUGCAAUGGCUGAAAUAUGGUUCUGGUGCAGGAUUGUCAAAUCCUGUUAUUCAGUAAAAAGAUCUACGCAAUACAUCGCCUGUGUUUGUAACACCUUUACAGGUCAUACUAAAGGCCCUAGUGCUGUCCUUUAAUACUCAGUGCACUGGUCUACAGUACACAGGUUCCUUUUUCCAGUCUGAAAAGCAAUCCAAAAGAAGCCAAAGAUAAAAUGGUCAGUAAAAGGGGAUUUGAGAAAUUAAUGAAGACAGCUGUGCCUUGUGGUCAGAAAUGUCCAAAAUGUAUAUGACAUUUGCAACACUUUAUAAACUACGGUGGGGCAGUAGAGAGUUAGGUUAUUGGUGGUGGGUUACCCUGUGUGCACACUGCAAGGGAUAAAAUCGCUCUUAGUCGCCCGUGCAGCAGCCGAUGAAUCACUAACCAGCUUGUAUGCAGGCUGUAUGCUGGACUGUGAUAUUAAACAAAGUUAAGAAACCAAGCUAAUGUUUUAUUAAAUAAGCAGCACUCUUUAUUUCUGAGGGGGUAACAUCCUUCCAGCUCUGUUUGCUUAAAGAAGCACUAUGUAGCACUUUUACACUAAAAUAUUUAAAAAAUGUAAAAAAUAUGUUGAUGGUCCACUGACUUUAUCAUUGCUACUCAGCUUAUCCUGCCAGAAACUGCAUUAAAAAAAAGAAUCGUAUCUGGUUAAGUAAAAACUGUACUCUAUCACAGCAGUUCACAUGACUUUCUUUGCAGAUGCCUGUGAAAAGUGUUUCCAUUAGUGGUUACACAAAGUGUAAAUAACACUUUCUGACUGUAGAGGGUGCCCAGGAGCAAGAAAUGCCAAAUCAGCUGAAACAUUGUUUAAAACUAACCUUUAAAUACUCUGUUUCAUGGCGCUGUUGUUUGGCUGAGCUUAUUCUUUCUGAUCCUGACUUUUUAAAACUAGGAUAUAUGAUGAGAAGAAUGCCAUUGUACUGCAAAUGUAUUAAUGACAACAAAAGCAUGUUAUUGUGAAAUUAAGUUUUAUAUCAGCCCAGUGCCAAAAUGCUUUUGUCCAUGUCCUGAUGGGCAUAACAAGAUCUUCAGAGGCUUGAACGGAUUUGUUCAUUAUUAUUAUUUUUUUUUUUUAGGUAUUUGAAAUGCAUGCAUGCAAAAAAAUAUGAUAUGUAUCUCUUAUGUGAACAUAAACCACCAGGUUAGAAAGAUCAGAUCUAAGCAAAAAAAAAUCUGAAUUGAAGAGUGAGUCCUCUAAUGUGAACGUAGUCCCAGACACGACAUAUUUUAGGCUGAUGUGCAGUUGUGUCAUGUAGCAGGCCAUUGCUCUGGUACAGAUAACUUCAUGUCUUCCAAAUGUCUCAGAAAUGCUGUUCUGCCCCCAUUCUUAACCUGCUAUGGGCACUUUAACUCCUCUGGCCCCUGCAGACUGACAAUGGGUGACCUCAGGUUUACACAAGUCAAAGUUUACACUCUUCCCAGGGUCUCUAUACACUUAAUGCACAGGGCACUGUUAGCAGGGCUAGAGAUGUUUGUUUGUGUGUGUGCGUGUGUAAGAUUGUGUGUGAGAUUGUGUAAGACUGUGUGUUUGUGUUGCAGUAUAAUUUAGUAUCUCCUAUUGCUCACCACAGGGUUCAGUCCCAGAGGAGAACACAAAUCUGGGGCGUGUUUAAGAUGCAUGAAAUUCCUAAUUGCUUUAGUCCAGUGCAGUGUCUGCUUUACACUUUUAUUUUCCCACGUUCUCCUGAGAAAUUUUACUAUGUUUAAAAAAGCCUUGUUGCUCCAAAAAAAGAGAAUUCUUAUCCAGACUCCCAACAUAUGGUAGUUUGUCAGCUACAUUAACUCUGGUCUUGUUUUUAUAUAACCGUGAUUGGUGUAGUUUCACACUGGAUUAAAAGGGUUCAUGUCUUAUGACUGGGAUAGAUGAUGGUACACGCGUAAUUGAUAAAGUGGUCAGUUCGAGUGUUGUCAGUAUUGUUGUGUUUCUCUUUGAAUGAUGAUUAAAAAAGGAUGCACCUUGUGUUUGACCCCUUUUACACACAUGACUUCUAGACUACAACUUUUCAACUGUCACUUCCACUGAAUAGACCUCAACAAAUAGCUCUGAACUUCUCACAGUGAACACAGACACCUUGCUUAAACCCAAGGUGCACUGACAAUCACAAAUCCAAACCUGAAUAAAAGAUAUGUUUCCAAAA